AUGCUUCUCCUCGACGGUGUCAACAUCAACUGCACACCCAACGGCGGCUCGACCGCAUUGCACAAGGCGACGUACUGCAAUAAGUUGGACGUCGUUGGCUUCCUCCUCACCAACGGCGCCGACGUGGAAGCGCGGGACGAGGACGGCAACACGCCUUUGAUUCUAGCUGUUUUCUUGAACCACGUGUCGAUCGUUCGUCUGCUCUUGGAGAAACGCGCCAACAUUGACGUCCACGACUACUUUGGCCAGACGCCGUUCCUUUUCGCCGAGAAGAAAGGCCACGUUCAAGUGACACAGCUUCUGGUCGAGUAUUCGUCCAAACGAGUCUACGAAGCCGAGCUCUUGCAAGCGCUGCGCGAGAAGCAGUACCCGGACGCUGCGACGCUUCUGCAUCAAGAUAUCAUUGACGCAAACCUCUGCGACCAUGACAAGAUGCCGUUGCUGCAUUUGAUUGUCGCGACUCAAAACAUGUGGCUGCUCCGGACGAUGCUCGCCAAGCCACAGCUCGACGUGAAUGCAAGAGACAAGGGCGGGCGCACCGCUCUCACGUUUGCGAUCGCGCUCUUCAACGUCGAAGUGGCGCUAGCGCUGUACCAAGCAGGCACCCGUAUUGAUAUGGCAAGCACGAAGCUACUGGCGUCGACGCCUCUUUUUGGCAACGCGCUGCUCCGCGCUGCCUCGGUCGAUGACGCCAGCGUGGUCAUCCAGCUACUCGGUCUCGGUGUCCUUCCCGCGUUUGCCAACGAGACCGGAGAGACGGCACUGCAUCUCGCGGCUGCCAAGGGCCACACGACCACCGUGACGAGGCUGCUGGAGCAUCUUCAGGCGGGCGACGACCUCAACGCGACGAAUCACUGGCGACAACGUGCAGGUGCAUCGCCGCUCUUUGUCGCGAUAGCCGGCGGCCAUGCACACGUCGUCGGCCAGCUCGUGGCGGCCAAUGCGAGAAAAGAUUGCGUGACCAACGACGGCUCGACGCUGCUGCACGCGGCGGUCCGCAGUCGCAACAUGAGUCUUCUGGACCUUGUCCUCUCCUUCGCAAGCGACCGGAACGCAUGUGAUUCGCUGGGCCAGACACCGCUGCACGUCGCGGUGCUUCUGCACCACAAAGAGGCCGUGACCUGCCUCGUACGCGCCGACGCCAAUGUCUUUGCAACGACCAAGCGGGGCAUGACGCCGUACAUGUCGGCCAGUGACCCGGGCAUCCGUGCUAUUCUAAAAGACGCAGAGACCGUCUUCGACGAGCAGUUGGCGCGGCGCUUGGAGGCUGCCGAACGCCGAAACCCACCUCCUCGGCGCCACUCGGACGCCAGUGCGCCCACACUCUAUCAAACCACCCGGUCGCUGCCGACACCUACCGAUCGACGCAAGCAACCCGCGUCGAACGUGGGGCUCAUCGAGGCAGUCCGACAACAAGAGUACGACACAGUGCUUCAGCUUUUGGCGGAUGGGGGCAACCCGAACGCUGCCACCGAGGCGGGCGACUCGCUCUUGCAUCUCGCAGUCAUCGGUGGCGACCACAAGAUCGUGUCGGUGCUCUCCCAGACACGAGGCGUCCGCCUCCACGUUCGCAACGCGGAUGGCUGGACGCCGCUAGUUCUCGCAGUUCAAUUGGGUCGCCGACGGCUGGCGAGCCUUCUCCACACUGCAGCGCGCACCUUGACGCCCGUGGUAUGCACGGUGGCCCACGCCAAGGAUCUCGACCCGGCGACGACGCUUCCGUCGCACGACGUCGUCGUCGAUUUCGCCUCUCUGCUUGGCGGGGGCGCCCAUGGCAACGUGUACAAAGGCACGUACAAGGGUCGCACGGUCGCCGUCAAGUUUGCAAAGCAAACCACCGACGCGACAGGACUCGAGAAAGAGAUCGAGACCAUGCAGCUGUGCCCGUCGCCGUACGUGCUCAGGCUUCUUGCGUAUACAAAGUCGUCCAACCCGAAGCCGAUCCUCGAGUACAUGGACGCGGGCAAUCUGCACGAGUACCUCGUUUGCAAGCGACUUGGAGAGACGACGGCGGUGCAUGUCACGCCGUUGCAGGUGGCGUGGGUCGUUGCCAACGCCCUUGCCGAUUUGCACCACGACGGUCUGCUGCACCGCGACAUCAAGAGCCCGAACGUCCUCCUCUGCGCGACGAAUUUCAUCAAGCUCGCCGACCUCGGAAUCGCACGCGAGUUCGAGUCCGACAUGACCAUGGGCAUCGGUACACUGCGCUGGAUGGCGCCCGAGCUACUCGAUAGACAUGGCAGCUACAACGCAGCGGCCGACAUGUAUGCCUUUGGCGCGCUCUUGACCGAGCUCGACACGCUCGAGCUACCCUUUGCAUCCGAGACAGUGUCAGACGACAUCAGACGCAAGCUGAGCGAAGGCUCGCUUCGCCCGCACUUUACGCCCACCUGUGCGCCGUGGCUCCACGACCUCGCGACCGCGUGUCUGUCGUUCGACCCAACAGCGCGGCCGACCGCGCAAGAGCGCGCAACCACAAGGCGGCGGAGUCUGUGA